AUGGCCAACGGGAUAUACAAGAAGAAGCAUUGGAAGGGAGUUAGUCUAAAAAUCACUGUCCCGAGUCAUGAUGAACUACGGAGCCCUAGGCCGCUUGCAGUGGCAAUCAAGUGGCACCCGCCGGAUGACCCCUGGAUCAAGCUCAACACCGAUGGUGCAUUCUUGGAAGCGUCGGAUAAAGCCGGGGGAGGUGAUAUCAUCCGAGAUCAUACGGGCAAAGUGCUUUCAGCCUUCGCAUCCCCACUUGAGGCCCACUCCGCCCUUGAGGCGGAGCUUCUAGCCAUCCAACUCGGGUUAGAACUUGCCCUGGAGUUCAAUCGGCCUAUCUGGAUUGAGUCGGAUGCACAACAAGUGGUCCAGCUCCUUAAUAGUACACGAUGGGGACCGGCACACACGAGCAGGGUGGUGGCGCGGAUCUUACUCCUCAAUCGCCAACGAGUUGUGCGCCUCACCUACACCCCUCGGGAAGGGAACAGGGCCGGAGACUUACUUGCAAAGAUGGGAAUUGACAGUCAAAACUACUGCCGUAUGAAUGCCCACACGAUGCCGAGACACCUCGCUGCAAUUACUAGGAUGGAAGCACUAGGAAUCCCGAACAUUCGGGUCCAACAUGACGACAAAGAAUAG